GUCGGCAUAGAGGUGCACGUGGUCGGUUGAAUAGACAUAUCUAUUUUAAAAGUUGUGCACGUGAUACUGGUGUAAUGUGCACGCAGGAAAGUUUGUGAUUUCCAACAGGCUCAGGAUGGGGCUGACCAAGCAGUACCUGCGCUUCGAGGCCGGACCCGUGUUCGGCGUGAUCGGCAGCCGCGACUGCAACGUCUGCUGGCUGGAGAUUGACGGCGUGCAGCGGCGCUAUGUGGCCGCUGCCGCCUGCGAGAAGAUCCACGUCUGGGACACGGUCACCGCCGAAAGGACCAUGGUGCUGCACGGCGCAGCCAGCGAGGUCACCUGCCUGGGCGUCCACGACAAGCGGGCUCUGCUGGCCGCCGGCUACGCGGACGGCUCGGUGCGGCUGUUCUCGCUGACCUCGGGUGACCUGCGGGUCACGCUCACCGGCCACCGGUCCGGGGUGAACGCCGUCAGCUUCGACGAGGCUGGCAUGCGCCUGGUGUCCGGCGCCAAGGACACCGAGAUCGUGGUGUGGGACGUGGUGAGCGAGGCCGGCCUGUACCGGCUACGCGGCCACAAGGGCAGCGUCACCCAGGUGCGCUUCAUGCGCCGUCGCAACUGCCUCGUCUCCUCCUCCAAGGACACCUACGUCAAGUUCUGGGACCUGGACAACCAGCACUGCUUCAAGACGCUGGUCGGCCACCUGACAGAGGUGUGGGACUUCGUGCUGAACGAGGACGACACGCGGCUGGUGACCGGCUCUGGCGACGCCGAGCUGCGCGUGCACGCGCUGCGCUUCCUCGAGCCGACCGAGCCGCCGGCGGCCAAGGCGCCGCGCCUCAGCGAGGCGGACGGUGACGAGCUGGAGGGUGACAGUUCCAACUUUGAGUGCACCCGGAUCGGCAGCAUUCUGCGGCAGGGAAAAGACCGCGUGUCGCGCGUGGUGAUCGACAGUCAGUGUCGGCUGGUGUGUUUCCACGGCAACGACCAGACGCUGGAGCUGCUCUAUCUGAACACGGAGGAGGAGACGGCCAGGAGGCUACAGAAGCGCCAGAAACGCGACCGAAAGCGGGCGAGGGAGGCCGGCGAGGACGCCAAGCCAGCGCCGCUGACGGCCCAGACGCUGCAGGACGAGCUGCGCCGGCUCACUAGCAUCACCUGUCCGUCCAAGGUCAAGGCCGUGGACGUCUCGCUCAGCGGGCCACAACAGGCCAAGCUAACGGUGCUGCUGGCCAACAACUCGCUGCUGACGUACGGGCUGACGGUGGACACGAGCGGCGGUCGUGACGCGGCCGAGCCGGGCGCCCACCUGCAGCUGCCCGGACACCGGUCGGACGUCCGCGCGCUCGACUUCUCCGCGGACGGCACGGCGCUCCUCUCGGCCUCCUCCGAGCAGCUCAAAGUCUGGAACAAGUCGACCCAGCAGUGUAUCCGCACGCUGCCGUGCGAGCCGGCGCUGUGCGCGCUGUUCGUGCCCGGCGACCGGCACGUGCUGAUCGGCACCAAGAGCGGCCGGCUGCAGCUGCUGGAGCUGGCCUCCGGCCGCCGUCUGGAGGACGUGGCUGCGCACGAGGCCGAGCUCUGGUCGCUGGCGCUGACGCCCGACCAGCGCGGCUUCGCCUCCGCCUCUGCCGACAAGCAGGUGAAGCUGUGGCGCUUUGAGCUGGUGUCGACGGAGCAGGGCGCCAGGCAGCUGUCGUUCCUGCACACGGCCACGCACGCGCUGGACGAGGACUGCCUAAGCGUGCGUUUCUCGCCGGACGGCCGGCUGCUGGCCGUGGCGCUGCUCGACAGCACCGUCAACGUCUUCUUCACUGACACUAUGAAGCUGUUCCUGUCGCUGUAUGGCCACCGGCUGCCCGUGCUGUGCAUGGACAUCAGCCACGACUCGACCCUCAUCGCCACCGGCAGCGGCGACCGCAACGUCAAGAUCUGGGGCCUCGACUUCGGCGACUGCCACAAGUCGCUGUUCGCGCACGACGACAGCGUGACCGCGCUGCGGUUCGUGCCGAGGACGCACCACUUCUUCACGUGUGGCAAAGAUGGCCGCGUCAAGCAGUGGGAUGCCGACAACUACCAGCGCAUACAGACGCUCGAGGGACACUGCAAGGAGGUGCUGGCCAUGGCGGUCAGUCCUGACGGCCGGUGGGUGCUGAGCUCGUCACGCGACCGCUCGCUGCGGCUCUGGCAGAAGACGGACGAGCCGCUCGUGCUGGAAGAGGAGCGCGAGGACGAGCGCGCGCGCGAGGAGGAGCAGCGGCUGGCCAGCGGGCAGGCGGCCGCCGUGCCGGGCGAGAGUGACCGGGAGGCCGGCCGGCCCGGCCAGAAGACGGCCGAGACGGAGCGCGCGGCGGAGCGUAUCAUGGAGGCUGUCACCAUCUACAAGCAGGUGUCGCGCGCGCUGCGUGAGUCGAGCUCGGCCGAGCUGCACCCGCUGAUGCUGGCCUACAACUGCGCCACGCCCGACCUGUUCAUGGCCGAGGUGCUGCGCCGGGUCAAGUCCAGCGAGCUGGAGGAGAGCCUGCUGGUGCUGCCCUUCAGCUACGUCACCGACCUGCUGUACAUUCUGGAGCGGCUGGUGGCCGGCAGCGGCGAGGUGGAGCUCGUCUGCCGCUGCCUCUGCUUCCUGAUGCGCGUCCACCACGGCCAGAUCGUCAACAACGGCGUGCUGGCGCCGGUCAUAGAGCGGCUGCGCGCCGCCGCCGGCCGCCAGGUGCAGCAGCUGCGGGACACGAUCGGCUUCUCCAAGGCGGGCCUGGAGUUCCUGCAGCGCGAUCUGCUGGAGCGCGAGAGCGUGGCGCUCUUCGUGGACGCCUCGCAGAGCGUCAGCGACAAGCGCAAGAAGCGGAGGAAAAAGGAGCGCGCUGCGCAACGGGCUGUGCUGCUCAUGUAGACCGGAGAGCGUGCUGGACUGACCUGCUGAUGCCACGGGGACCAGCGGCCGCAGGGCCAGCGCCGCAGGCUGCGCCGUCAUCUUCAUUGUGUACGGAAUACACCGAUGUUGGAAUCCGG